AACAACCAGGAAGUAAAGCCCAUCUAAACAGGACAUGAGGGUUAGGUCUAUCGCUGUAGUGCCUGACUCUGUCGCUGAUGUUGUCUAUUGAAUCUUCAGCCGUGGCGCUCAAACUCUCUCUGAUUCCUCACUGAGAGCAUCUGAACCAGCGACAACAGCGGAGAGCAUCAGGCUCAUACAAUUAACCAACACUGGGGUUCCUGGCCCUUCACUGAAGACAUGUCAGCAAAGGACGGAUCUAAUCACAGCAGUCACACUUCUCCUGCAGCCCUGCUAAUCGUCGGCCAAUUGAGGGGCCACAAAGCAUGCCAGAAACACACAUAAACACCCCAUUGAAAUAACAGGUUGAGGAUCGGAAGUCAUGGAGUCUCUCUUCGGGGGCCAGUUGGGCUUGCUGGGGGGUAACGAGGGUCUGAAAGAAGAUGGCUGUGGGGUGGGCUGGUCCAGCUCUCCCUUAUCAGAGGAUAUGUACUCUGCCUCACACUUCGCCCUCAUCAGCGCAUACCAGGACAUUAAGACUCGACUGGCUGGCCUCGAGCGAGAGAAUGCAGACAUCAAAAGAAAACUCAAGAUUUACGAGAUAAAGUUCCCCAUGAUAAGCGAGUUUGGAGAGGACAGAAACUCCUACUGCUCCUUUGAGCCCAAAGACACAGCGUUGCUCCAGUCAGAGAAUGGAAGUCUGCAACAGAGAGUCAACAUGCUGACCCUCGAGCUUCAGAAGAGCAAAGAACGAGAGGAGCAGCUUGAAGAUGUCAUUCAGGCCUAUGAGAAGAUCCACAUGGAGAAGUCCAGCCUUCAGCGAGACCUGGACAAGAUGGCGUCUAUGGUGGAGAAACACGUCGAGCGGAUUCACAGUCUAGAGUCGGCUCUGAGGCAGAGAGAAAGCUCUCUACACAAACUCAAUACACAGCUACACAACAAAGACAUGCAGUAUCUGCAACUUCACAGCCCUGACCCGCAUAUGCUAGACUGCCCCAUGACCCUACAGAGCUCCCGAAGUCUGGACACCCUCUCUGACCUCAAAUUACAGCGCCUGGAGGCGGAGCUAGAAGGGGCACGGCACGAGGCUCAGGGGGCGUGUCAGAGGGAGGAGGACCUAAAGGGAGAAUGUGAGAGACUACGGGAAGAGCUGAGAGAAUUACAAAGCAACCAGAGACAGAGGGAGGUGAGCUCCACGUGUGGACAGUGUGAUGUGGAGUGGAUAAAGAAAGUUGGAGAUGAACAAGUCAAUCUGGCUUUGGCCUAUACUGAGCUAACAGAGGAGUUGGGCAAGUUACAGACUCUGACCUCGAAACAGACCGAGAUAUUGCGGAAAGCCUCACAGGAGCCGGUUAGCCCAGUUCAGCGCCACUCUCCUGUCCCUCACCAGAGGCAUUCGCCCAUUCCGCAGCGGCAUUCCCCCAUCCAACAGCGUCACUCCCCCAUCCAACAGCGCCACUCCCCUGUGCCCCAGCGGCGCUCCCCUAUCCUGCAGCGCCUGUCUCCGGACAUGCACCGACGCUCACCUCUUCCUGAGCUCAGCGAUGGGCCGGCUUCCUAUUCCUGCAGGCCCACUUCCCACCACCUGAGGGCCAGUUUCCAAGGAAGACGCAGUUAUUCUGAAGUAGCCGAUCCAUCGGCUUAUCAACGGCCGCCGCGGUUUACUCUGGACCCAGUGUCCACCCUGCCGAAACCUCGACCUUAUGUCGACAGCUACCACAAGCAGAAACAGCAACAGCAGCAACAACAGCAGCAGCAGCAUGGAGGAAGCCAGCACAUGUUAGUUCAAAGACAGGGCUCUCAAUCUGGCGAUGGGGGAUUGGCUGAAUCUCCACGGCUGUCCAGGGAGCUGUCCUUCCACCACUCGGAUGUGUCCCACUUGCAUUUCGAGGCUCAGCCCAGCCCAGGAUCUCUGCAUCCAUCCCCACAGCCUCCUCAGUCCUCAGAGGAUGAGGAAGAGUGGUCCUGCCCUCAUCCCAUCAGUCCACCACGAACACUGGGGGUGUCGAGCCCCUCAUCGAGCUCCAGAGGCCCCGCCUCUUGUUCGGCUUUCCCCAUUCCUUCCCGUCCCAACACCCUAAGCUGCCACCCACCUGGAUACCUGCAUGCAGAGCACGCCCAGUCGUGGCCGUCCAUCAACCUAUGGAUGGAGACCGAGGAGGAGGGUGACGUCAGGAGCUGCCCUUUGUGCCAGCUAAUCUUCCCUGUUGGUUACCCUGAUGAUGCCUUGAUCAAGCACAUUGACUCACACCUGGAGAACAGCAAGAUCUGACACCCACAGCCCAGCCAUGACCUUCCAUUGUUCCGCAGUUACUUUCAUUCUUCGCUCCUGGUAUUUUUAGCUGGGUGCCUUCAGACAGAAUGUAGUUGAUGCACCUGUGGCCAAUCUUGCAAUUUGCUAAGUGAAACAGAGAUCAAUGAUAACCUACACAGCUACGAUAUGUAGUGAAUGGCUCAUAACUCUAUAUAUCUCGCUUUGACACACAUUUCUUGAAAUGGGUAACUUCCAAUUUUGAACACACACACCAAACGAAACUCGCUCUCUAAAGUAAAACAUAUUGCAUUAUUAAGGCUCUGAUUUCAGCUUUUAGCUACUGUUACCAUUAUUGUUUGCAUUACACUUCGAUAUGGUCACAGAAUGUACUUUGUGUGCCAUAUUUAGGUGAACUGAGAAGAUAUGAUGGAGCUAUACAGGAUAAGUAUGAGGGAAUAUUGGACACAUGGCCAAUGGUUGCAUCAUUUGAAUUUCAGCACUUUAUAUAAGCACUUAAUAUCUAGUUUACCUUUACCAAUAUUACUAACACUAAGGCAAAAAAGUAAAACCUUAUAGAUAUAAUUUAUUUUUUAAUAUAUACAUCUUAGUUUGGCAGGACUUCCCUUUAAAAAAAACUAGGUUAUUUGUAAUUAUCUGUAAAUUCACAAUCACAUCUAUUUUGUUUGUCUUCCAGGGUGUCCGACUGUACAAAAAGGGAAGAUAUUUUUUCUUUCCUAAGAUAUUCUUAAAAACUUUCCUCUCAUAAUAUACAUAAUGAUUGCAGCUCUGUACACACAGGUUUAGCCAAACAUUGACAAAACACUAGUUACUGUUGUUUCUCAAGACAGAAAUACUGUGAUUUCUGUAGGAUGGUUUUUGAUCUUUUUGAUGUAAAUUAUUUCAGAAAAUUGCUUUGACAAAAUAAUAUAUUCUUCUGAUCACAUCACAGAGCGUGAUCAGUUUUAUCUGUUUUUUAUGUAUUGUAAAUGUUUACCUGUAUUUAAAGCCAAUUAUAUGUAUUAACCUGUAAAUGCAGCUAUAUAAUGUAGAUAUGCAUUUUGCAAGCUCUGAUAAGAGCAAAUGGAUUGCUAAAGAUUAAAAUUAAACCAUUGGAACUGCUAAUUAAAGUUUUUCUAUUGUAAUCCAAACGAUAAAGCUACCCAGUUGAAUUUGCUAACUACCGGUAUCUUCCUUUCCCUGAUUCCUUCAGGUGUACCCUAUACUUAGUGUUUAAAAGUCUUCUUUAUUGCUACUUUCCCUGAUUCUGCAGACUUAGUGAAAUCGAGGGCAUUGGAUAUGCUACUAACCCAAAUACAGAGAAACUAAAACGGGAAAGUGGCACAAAGAAGUCAUCGCUGGUGCACACACGCAAAAUUAUAAAGCCAAAUAUAGCGAAGAGCAAAAUGAGAAGCUAUACGCUGUCUAUCAAAAAACUGGGUGGAGGAGGUUUCAUCCAAUUGGUCGUCUAAUUUUAUGUGGUAAUAUUCUGGAAAAUACCGUCCCAGAUGUUGUAAAUAUGAAUCGUCUAUGAUGUCACCAAUAACUAUUCCAUGAAAGACUAACAAACAGGUGUGGAUAAACUGAAAUGACAUCAAUACAACCAAAGACACAGCCUGCUUGUUUUUCAUUUCUGUUCACAUGAUAUUCACUUCAGCGUAUUGAAAUACGGUGCAAAACUGGAACAUGGGUAGUGUGCAGACAUGGAAUUUAAUGGGUAGUGUGCAGACAUGGAAUGCAGCUAAAGUGUAAAGACAAUCCAUUUCUGCAUAAUCACACACAAGUUUCUUUGUCUUGCAACCUUGUCCAUGAACAUGCAGUGUAGAUGCAAAGUAAAACUUCAGCCACUAUUCACAAAGAUUCGCUCAGGAGUUAUUUAAAGAGCUGUUGCUGUUUCCUUGCUCCUCAAAACAGUGUUUUCUCAUGCAAAGACAAAUUAGCCUGAAUGCUUUUCUGGAUGCUCAAAAUAAAUGGUCUCUCUUUUUCCCUGUAGUUUGGUGUGUGACUUUUUUGUGAUAUUCUUAAAUAACUCAGGGGUUAAAACUUUGUGAAUAUGGCUCCUUGACCAUACAGGACUAACCUCCACAGGGAUAACGCGACAACUCGCCAAACGUAUUAAAGAGCUAAGAGGACAAUAAUGGGGUAGAGAUAUUUUGUCAUAGCAACAAGGUUCUGUAAGAAAAGAGGGGGAAAAGAACAUUGAAAAUGAAUGCAUAUUGUGUCAAAAAGUCUUCUGUAAAUAAUAUACAAAUAAACUGGAACAUGCACUGA